AUGUCACUGGUUAAGCUGCCGUACGAGAUGGUCAGCUAUGUGCUGGACGAGCUCGAUCUAGACGAUGUUUGGCAACUGAGUCUCACCUGCAGGCAUCUGAGGUCUCUAGUGACAGAAUCGAACAUAGCAAAACGACUGCUUGAGAGCAAAGCACCGGCAGCGACAGAGACUCAAAACGCCCGCGUUACCAAAAACUAUGCCCACGAACUUCGACGCUUGCUGAAGCGCCGCCAGUCCAUCUCUUCGGUCACCCCCUACUUGGCUGCUGUCGUUGGCUUCGGCGAGGACUGGAUAUACCGAAAUGGCGUGCUCUGUUAUAUCCGACAGGGCCAACUUCGAAUAUUGAACCUCCAUGGAUCUGCAGCCGACGAAGUCGUUGUCAACAUUCGACUCCUUCUUGAUGAAGCAAUCCCCGACUCUCGCAAGAUACGCAAUUAUCGCCUUCGGCCUCUCAACGUUUCGCAUAACAUUGUCUCCUGUUUAUACUACCAUAAGACCCCCCAUGCAAAUGGAAAUAAUUCUGCUUCGUUCCCUGUGGGUUCGCUCGUUGUCUUCAGUGCUCAGGCCCACAAAAUCCUCACUGUGGAACAUCUAGUGGAUCUCGAACCUAACAGGGUCGUGGUACGAAACAAUGACGAGGCCCUAUUUCUCAUCAGAAGACCUCGCUUACAUGGAGGACGAGUAGUAUUGUGGAAGGCUUACAACAUUCCAGCCAACAGAUGGCACCGCCAUACUCAUUUUCGCUGGUAUCCCUUCAACUUUCAGCCAUUUGAGAUAGGCAUCACCCAGUGCUUUGAAAUAUUCAACGAUCACAUUUACUCGCUUUCGAAUUACAGCGAGCUCGAAGAGGAGGAAGCCGAUUGGGUUUCGCCUUAUCAUUGCCUAAGAAUUCCUUUGUCUUUCAAUGGUAUGUCCAAACUCAAACCCGACGGGCUGUUGCGGAGAAAUCAUUUGGACGGGCCAAUGGACCACAGGUGGACGUUUAUGAAAAUGUUCAAAGAUGAAGCAACGGGUGAGAUCAAGGUCGUGGAGUCGCGAAAAGAAUGGAUCAAAGGGAGCUCAUCCACGACACGUACUUACUAUACUACUACGAUCAAAUGGCCUAGCGAGAAUGACAGUCCCUCAAUAUCCGACUCCAAGGAAGGUGGCCUCGAUGGAAGCAAUACCAAUGGAAUCGACAUCAGUGGAAACAGCUCAAGCCCAGGUCACCAGGGUAGUUCAGGUAAUGACCCUGACCAAGGUAACGCUGAAGUUCACCCAGACAACAGCAGCCCAGAACCUGGCGACUCGGACUCGAAUCAUCAACGAGAUGACAGGCCACCUAGAAUCCUACCUCCCCGGGACCCUCGAGAUGUCCAUCCUGGAGAUGAUAGCUCUAAGGGACCGGUGUUUCUUCGCAACAAAUGCCCGAUUCUGUCAUAUCAUCCGUCUUGUCAAACGUUUCUUGACCUUGUGGACGACCCAUCACCCUCGAAUCCGGGCAAGCAGCGGAUGCGCGUCCGUGGGGGUACGCGACAUCUCCGAAGGCCGGAAGAAAUUGACGAUUGGAGCCGCUGUUCAAAGGUGAAAAACUCAUCAUCAGUUGCGGAGACACACUUCGAGGAGGUGUACAAAAUGUACAAACACGAAGAACCCAUUUCUUGGCCACCCAAUCAAGACCCCGAAUCACCCAACCCAGCUUUAGCCCAACUCUACGAAAUCCUCAGCACGCCGAACUACGCGGGCGAAGUCACUGGCGAUUGGGACGAGCGGUCGUUUGUGUACGCUACGAGUGCGUCUGGCGGCAGUAAGCAAAAGGCUCUUGUAUUCAUCUCCUUUGACCCGUCCAUUUCACUCGCGGGGACUUUGCCAUACCCAGGUCCCAUGGUGUUUGGUCGACCUCAAUCACUCGAUACAACCAGUUCGAAAGCUACUGCGAGUGACAACUCUACCGCUCAUCAGAACCAUGGCGAUGGAGUAAGAAAGGGCAGGCAGUUCGGAAGGGCAAGGCAAACUCCAAGGGGGAGGCAGACGGCAAAGAAGAGGCAGACGGAAAGGAACGCACCGACGGAGGCAACACAGGUGCAUGGCACCAAGACUGAUGCUUCCUGGUGCACCAUUGAACCAGCACAGUAUCAAACGAUCCGAAAGGGAUUUCAUUUCUGCGUCUGA